AUGGAGAAGGUUAACCAAGACACCGAGGUCAAGAACUUCUAUGGUACCUCCAUCAGUGAUUCUUACCGCCUCAAGUCAGAGCUUGUUGGGAGAUGCAUGGAAGAGAUCGGCAUGGGCCCAUUCCAAUGGAAGCUUUUCGUUUUCUGUGGAUUGGGAGGCCUCAUCGACAAUUUCUGGUCUCAGGGCUUACCUACCAUUCAACCCGCCGUCGCUACGGAAUUCAGUGACUCCAGAAUUACGUUCAGUUCCAUCGCCUACUACGUCGGUCUGAUCUUGGGUGCGACAUUCUGGGGCGUUUCUUCCGACUACUUCGGACGUAAACCAGCCUUCACUCUGACUUUUCUCAUAGGAGGAAUAUUUGGCACUGCAGUUGGAGGUGCAAGAGACUUUGUCACUUUCUGUUCUCUUUGGGCCGUCAUCGGUACAGCAGCGGGAGGUAAUGUACCUGUUGAUAAUAUGCUGUUUCUGGAAUUCCUUCCUCCAUCUCAUCAGUAUCUUUUGACUGCAAUCUCGGCCUGGUGGAUUCUCGGACAGCUUGUUGUGUCCUUGGUCGGCUGGGUCCUGAUCGCCAACUUCAGCGCCCCAUCUAGCUCACUACCGGGGACUGUCGUGGCAGCAGAUAACAUGGGCUGGCGAUAUGUGAUGUUUACCCUCGGAGGCAUCGCAAUUUUGAUUCCUUUAAUUCGCCCCCUCAUCUUCAAGAUGCCAGAGUCGCCCCGUAACCUCCUCGCAAGACAUAUGGACGCAGAGGUUGUCGAGUCUGUUAACUUCGUUGCCAAGGCAAACGGAAAACCAGAACCUCUGGCCCUUGCAAUGCUGCAACAAAUCGAUAUAGACCUAGGCCUCGUUUCGGCUGAUGAUGCUACGAGCCGACCAAAGAAAGACCUACAGGGCACGCUCCAGGAUAGCUUUAACGACUUUCGGAGCGCGAAUCUGAAAGCUUUGUUCAGUACAAAGAAGCUCACACAACAUACAGUCGUGCUCUGGGUCAUUUGGUUAACAAUUGGCAUUGCGUUUCCCCUUUACUUCAACUUCUUGCCUACAUACCUCUCUCAACUCGUCGUUGGGGACAACUCCCUCAAUUCGAUAUACAGAGACUAUUGUAUUCAGUCAGCUGUGGGUGUUGUUGGGCCUCUGGCUGCGGCUUGGAUGAUCCAGAGCCGCCUCGGGAGACGAUAUGCAAUGGCGCUUGGAUCCGUCAUUACUGGUGCGUUCUUGUUCGCAUACACUGCAGCUCGUUCACCUGGUGCAAACUUGGCUUUUUCUUCAGUUAGCGUCCUGGUCGCAAAUUUCGUAUAUGCUAUCCUGUUUGCGUUCACUCCCGAGUCUUUCCCAGCACCAAACCGCGGUAUCGGAAGUGGCUCGGCGGCUGCGCUGCUGCGUGUUGGUGGAUUGAUAGCAAGCCUGAUCGGAACCUAUACCGACUUCUCCGUGGUUCCUAUCUACGUCGCGGCAGGUAUGUGGUGCGGAGCUGGGUUGCUCUGCUUUGGGUUACCAUUUGAGACACACGACCAUGCUGCUCUGUGA